AGCAAACGCCGGAGAGCGAGCGAUAUAGUUUUUGAUUUAGAGAUAAAGGAGAGUGCUGGUUGAAGAAAAAAAAGAAAAGAAAAAAAAACAAACAAAAAACUCCUAAGUCACAGCAGUCACUGACGUUACCAGCCUUAACAGGAAGUGAUGACUUCCGGCUGCUGUGUGAUAGUACAUCGAAAUGCAGCGCGUGCACACAGUUUCCCCUUAACUCACACACGGAGCGCACCAGCUCACCAGGAAGGAGCCUGGUGAUACGAUAGAAGCAUCACCAUGGCAGGUCAAAGUGGGCACUACACCAGAAAAGGAGAGAAUUUACUGCAGACACCUGAACAGGAACCUGGCGCACAAAGAAACAGACAGUUUUCCCCAGUCCAUACACGUAAACUCGGCCAUACAAGAAGACAGAGAGAAAGGAGGGAUUUAAAAGAAGAUGAAAAUCCAGAGGCCAAAGCCAGACGACACAAAGAGAUGGAGCUGAAACCGCUGUAUAAGGAGCUGCUGUACACCAUCGCCCAUACGAUGGGUAAACCAGCGUCAGCGGAGGUCUUCACAGACAGCCAGCUCCACCAGUACCUAAAGGAGGCUUUCACUAUGACAGAUGAGGAGCACAGCGGUCUGAUGGAGAAAGUACAGAACACAGAGCCGCCGGUGUACUGCCUGAUGGUCACCGUGAAGGAAGCUAAAGAAAUUCUAGGAAAAGACAUCAGUGGUUUUAGUGACCCUUACUGCCUCCUGAUGGUCCUGGAAGAGGAGGAGGAGAAAAAGAGCAGCCGUGCAAAAGCCAAACCCAGCAAAUAUGUGGUAAAGGGGACAGUGUCACAUGAGAAAAUCUACCAAACUGAUAUCAAAAAGCAAACCUUGAACCCCAUUUGGAACCAAACCUUCAUACUAGAGUUUGAAGAUUUGGUGAGGACCACUUUCCACCUUGAAAUGUGGGAUAAGGAUGAAGAGGUGUCUCUCACUCAGAAACUGGAAGAGAUCAAAACCAACUUAAAUAGUUUAAGAAGGAUGAUCAAGGAGGCCAAAAAGGAGAAAGGCACAGACGACUUUUUGGGAAAUAUUGUGUUAAGACUGAAGGAUCUCCACUGCACUGAGGACAACUGGUACAAACUGGAGCCCAGAACGGAGACGUAUCCUAAUCGCGGCCAGUGUCACCUCUUCCUCCAGUUCAUCCACAAAGCUAGAGACGGGACUCUAAGCGCCGGUCGCAGUGCCUACACCAACUACUGUGGGAUUCUGCAGCAGUUUGUCCAAGCUUACAUUUCGAAACAACAGAGCUCCGCUCCGUGGAAAGGCGCGCUGUGUGGCGAGGCUCAGACUCUGCUUGAACUCUACGCUACGCAGAACGACCUCUCUCCUUUUCUGCAAGACCUGGCGAAGUGGGUGGCUUACAGUAAACUGUACCAGAGCUUGGAGGUGGACUCGUCUGUGCUGUUCCAUCAGCUCACCAGCAUAGAGUACCACUGGCAUCAGCAGGAGCUUCCCUACCAGCAGAAACAGGAACUUGGGGAUUCUCUUCACGACUUCCUGCAGUACGGACUCUGUUUGGUUUCCAAAUACAGAGACAUCUUUCCCCCGACUCCCAGUGCCACUCCGAAACUACACACACUCCUCAGGAUCUUGGUCCAGAUCUGUAAGACUCAAGCUUUCCAGAAACAGAACCCGGCCAACUUUGAGCUUCACCACGAAGUCCACGAUGCCAUAGAGACAGGCACAGAGGAGUGGUUUGCCAUCAAAAAGGGGUUGCAUCAGCCAAUGACCAAGGACCUGACAGAGAUCGGGAGCGCCCUCUCGAGGCUGAUUGCGGAAGUUCAGGAAGACAUAAGACACAACAAGGACGUGUGGAACCGAGUUUUCGUCAGUGCUGUGCAAGUUGAUGUCUUCACUGUUGUCUAUAAGAAGUUUGACUCCUUGCUUGCAAAGGAAGUGAGAGAAACCCUCGCCAUAAUGGAGGACCAAAUGGAGCUGAACCUUUCCAAAAGCCUGUUUCCUGUUUACCUGAGCUUGCAGGCCAUCCACAAAGACAAGGCCUUCCUGCAGAAAAGGGGAUUACUCCAGCUGACAAACUUUCAUGAAGGUUUCCGGGACGCCCUGCCGUACUGGCUGAACCAGGCGUUCAGCACCACUCAGGACCGGGUGGUCAGGGCGGUGCAGGUUGACCAGCUGCAGCCGCUGCAGGUCGGUGCGGCCCCCAUAAAGCACAGCUCCUCAGCCGUAGACCUGGUGGCGUGCAUCCAGCCAAUCUGCCACUUAUGGGAGCAGCUGUCGUGGCCUGACCCCGAGGAGGCCUUCAUGCUCAUGGUCAAACUCACCGAGGAUGUUUGCAAGAUUGUAGUGAACUACUGUCACCUCCUAAAGGAGCGGGUCCGGGUGCUGUCUGAGAACUCGGACCACAGCAUUGCCAUCAACAUGCUGUGCGUCGUAGUGAACGACCUGGAGCACCUGCGCUCGGUGCUGACCCGCCUUCCCUCUCAGCUCAACUGGGAGGGGCUUCGCGUGCGCAUCCAGAGCGUCAUAGGGCAGAGCCAGUUUGAGAACACGCUGCAUUCCCAGCUUCAGCAAGCCAAGAGCAUCCUCUGCAAGGAGAUCCGGUCGGCGCUGGACACUCUGGGGAGACAGUUGAACACAGACAUCGAGACUCACGUCAGGAGCAUGUCCACCAGACGGAGGAUCCCCUCCAAGUCCACAGAGGACGCCGCAGCGCCUCUGAUGCGCUACCUCGAACAGGAGCUCCAGUACAUGAAUGAAAACCUGGUUCAAGAGAACUUCAACAGCCUCCUGACGCCGUUGUGGCAAAACUCUGUGAAAAUUCUCUAUCAGGUUUCCAGCCAGCAUUCGCAGCAGGAGGGGCUCAUGGUGUUCUGCCAGAGGCUGCUGUACACGCUGCAGUGUCUCGAGCAGUGUUUCCACGCCGACGGAAACGGACUUCCUCAGAAGGCGUUGCACUCCGACGAAUACAAGAAUCUGAAGGCUCACCUCACUCACCACUCGCUGACCAGCCACCAGCUCAUAGAGAAGUUCUUCAAAAGAAAAAUAUCAGAGCAGAGAGAUUACCAAGGGGAAAAGUAUGGAGCAGUCACCCUCCUCACGUCCUACAGGAGGUCCGACCAGAGGCUGCACAUUGAGGUGCUCAAUGCAGUCAGCCUCCUACCAAUGGACUCCAAUGGCCUCAGCGACCCGUUUGUGCGUCUGUGCCUGGAACCCAACCACGUCUUCCCCGAGAUAGAGCCGCGCUGCACCCAGUACAAAAGCUGCGAUCUCAACCCCCUCUUCGACGAGGCCUUCGAUUUCCUGGUUUCGCUGGAUCAGUGCCAGACUCCAGGAGCGUGCUUGGUCAUCACGGUUCUGGACCACGACACCUUGAGGCCAGAUGACUUUGAGGGCGAGGCGUUCCUGGCCCUUGAGGACGUGCCUGGAGUUUCAGAACAAGAAGGAGAGGAAGUCGACUCGCAGGUGGACUCAGCACCUGAACAGAUGCGCCUGCCUUUGAUGCACCCUAAACUUAAUGAGGACAGCAUCCUGAAGCUGCUGGAGUCCCGGAGAGGCGAGCGAGAGGCUCAAGCCUUCGUCAAGAAGCGACGCCAACGGGAGAAGCAGUCCCAGGAGGCGGUCCAGCAAUGACAAAUGCACGGAUACAUGGUCUUCCUCCAAAAAUAUACAAUUUGUU